AUGGACCGCAAGCGCAAGAGAGAGCUACGUGACUUGAAUCUGCGCGUCUGGGCAGGCGCAAAGGAUGUCUACGAUGUCGCAGGAUCUCUCGACUCCUCCUUGAAGAAAAACACUGCCUUUAUCAAACGCCUUCGAACUGGUCUUUCAGCCUCUGCCCAAGACACAUUCGUCACUGAGACCCGGACCCUCUCACUCCAGAAAUACCUUUCCGAGAUAAUAUCUGCCACCGCAGAAGGCCUGAGUAGGCUCAAGACCUCAACCGAGAUUGCCACUGCAGUCGAGGUUGUGAGUGCGCUACACCAAAGAUUCGGACCUACCGAAUUCACUCGACAGCUGGCCUGGUUACUUGGUAAAGGUUUAUCACCUCCGGACAAGGCCCAGGUCAAACUCUGGACUGCUGAAGUACGGGAGAGAGAGGAAAAGGAACGACUAGUCCGACAGCGAGUUCUCCUUCGAGUGGUGAGCGAGUUCUGGUUGUGUGGUAUUUUGAGGAGCUUGGACGAUGUGGAUCGACCAGAUGACGCCUCGACCCGCACCAAAGAGACCCAAGCCCAACCCGACCCUAAGCCUCGACCAGUAUCUAAUGGCUUAAAAUCUGGUGCCCAAAUUGACCAUGAACCAUUUCCAUUAGAGGUCUUGAAAGAAUUGCUUGGGCAUGAUCCAGAGCACGUCAACCUUAGCCUGGCAGUUUUGUUUGUCAAGAACUUUUCUUGGGAUAUUCUGGGGCUCAAACCGCCCUCGGACGAGAGCAGAAAAGUUCCAGAUGCUGAUGGCGCACCCCCGGAAACAGCUAAAGUCGGGACUUAUUCUGACAGUGUACCAGAGGACGAUGCACCCAUUAUCCCUCAGGCUAUUCGUCAACGAUUCGUCAAUGUCUUCGAGCGUUAUCUUGGUAGUGUCAAGAAUCAUGUUGUGCGAGACUCGAGAUCAUUGAACAAUCAAAGCCGCCGAAAUGCUGAAGCUUACGUCAAGAGUGGCGAGAUUUUCGAAGAUAGACAAGCGAAUUUUGAAAAGCAAACCAAAGCUCAGGAGAAACUGGUAGCAAAUGCUCAAGUGCUCUGUGAUGUCCUUGGUCAAGAAAUGCCAGAGCUGGACGACAAGGACAGCCAGGAAGCCGCAGCUAGUGGUACGGUUGGAAUGAUCAAAACCGGCGACUAUCUCAAGGGUCAGCGUGACGGUGCAGGCAUAUGGGAAGAUGAGGAGGAACGGAGGUUCUACGAAAAUCUGGUGGAUCUCAAAGGCCGUGUUCCUGGGAUACUUCUGGAAGAUGCCAAGAAGACCAAGCCCGAGUCAGAAGAACGAAAUGAAGCCUCUGGUGCUUCAAAUGAAAAUGCUGCAAAACUAGCAUCUGAUGCUGAUGAACAGUCUAUGGCCAUCGCAAACAAGACUGUUGGGGCUCAGGUCGAUGCUAUCCUCCUACGUCUGUCCGAAUUACAAACAAAGGAAAUGGUCGACCAGGUUGCGCUUGACUUUUGUUUUCUCAAUUCCAAAGCCUCACGAAAUCGGCUGGUCAAGGCGGUUCAAGAAGUGCCGAAAGGCCGCACAGAUCUGCUGCCUUUAUAUGCACGUCUGACAGCCACGCUCGGCCAAUAUAUGCCAGAUGUCAUCCAGGGUUUAAUCGGCCACCUUGACGAUGAGUUUCGAAGCCUCCAACGACGAAAGACCAAGGACUUCCUAGGACAGAUUCGAAUGUCCAACAUUCGAUACCUGGCAGAGUUGACAAAAUUCGGAAUCGUCCCUGAACACGUCAUCUUUCACUGUUUCAAGGUCAGUUUGGAUGACUUUUCCAGGAUGAAUAUAGAGAUCAUCGCUCAUUUGUUGGAAAAUUGUGGCCGAUAUCUUCUCCGAAACCCUGAAACCUCAGGCCGGAUGGUAUCCUUCCUCGAGACCCUCAAUCGCAAAAAGUCUGCACAUCAUCUGGGCACUCAGGAACGUAUGCUUAUCGAGAACGCAAUGUACUAUGUCGAUCCACCACAACGAGCCGCGAUCCAACAAAAAGAACGCACGCCAAUGGAGCUUUUUGUUCGUCAGCUAGUCUACAUGGACAUGACAAAGCGAAACUACAUGAAGGUACUCAAGACGAUUCGAAAGCUGCACUGGGAAGAGCCAGAGGUCGUCCAAAUCCUGGAGAAGAUCUUUAGCAAACCAGGCAAGGUCAAAUUUAGCAAUAUCCACCUAUUAGCAGUACUCCUCCAAGCGCUCUUCAGAUAUCACCAGAAUUUUGCUAUCACUGUUAUCGACAAUGUUCUUGAAAACAUUACUCUGGGUCUCGAACAAAAUGACUUCAAGUUCAAUCAGCGUCGAAUUGCCGAGGUUAAGUAUCUGGGCGAGUUGUACAACUACAAGAUGGUUGACUCAACGGUCAUCUUCGAUACCUUAUAUCGGAUUGUGACCUUUGGCCAUGAGGGUGGAACACCACAACCUGGUGUCUAUACACAAUUCGAUCCUCCAGAUGACUUCUUUCGCAUCCGAUUGGUCUGCACCAUUCUCGAUACGUGUGGGAUCUGCUUUGAUCGAGGCAGUUCAAAGAAGAAGCUUGACUUCUUCUUGACGUUCUUCCAAUAUUACAUGCUCACCAAGGAUGCUUUACCCAUGGAAAUCGACUUCCUAGUGCAGGAUACUUUCAGCCUUGUGAGACCAAACUGGAAGCUUGUGACUGAACUUUCAGAGGCAGCCAAACUUUUCGGGGAGGCAGUCAGCGCCAACUACAAAACUCAAGGUGCUGAAAAAACAGCUGACCAGCCUGAAGACAAUGAAGAGUCUGGCUCUGAAGAUGGUCUCGGUGAUGGUGAUGCAGAUCUUGAGCCCGUGGUAGUCCAAUCUUCGGAGGACGAUGCUGAGGUUGAUGCAGAAGACGAUAACGUGGAGGAGCGACAAGAGAUCGACUCAGAUGAGGAUGAGCAGAUUGUCGUCCUACGCCAGCAAGAGGAGAGGGACCCCGAGGCCGAAGCUGACUUUGACAGAGCAUUCGAGAAGAUGAUGGCUGAAAGUUUAGAUUCUCGCAAAUUCGAACGCCGCGCACAGUUUGAUGUCCCACUUCCCAUCCGCAAGAUCCAGCGCAUGCCCAUUGAGCCUGUGGAAGAAGAACCCAGUGCUGUCCCCGAACCCGAAACCAAUAAAAUGGCUUUCUCCUUGAUGACAAAGAGAGGAAACCGCUCUCAGACGAAAACGAUCGAAUUGCCGUCAGAUUCGAGUUUCGCUGUUUCGAUGAAAUCGCAACAGGCGGCUGAACGUGAGGAGCAACAGAGAAUCAAGAACUUGGUCUUGAACUACGAUCUUCGCGAGGAUGAUCAACACGAUGGUACACCCGAUGGAUUUCUUUCUGGCUCUAUUAUGCUACCCCCUUUGGAGAGGAAUCCCAAUACUAAAGGUCUCAAAAUAGGACCCGACCACUACAACCCCUCGCUCAGCCGAGCAGAAAAGUCCGGACGGCACGCCCCUCGUGCGCGGAGACUUAAUCUCAGUGAUGUUGAUUGGUAUGACCCCAAGAAAUUCUCCCCGGCCAUCGCAAAGGCAGGCAAUCGGAAUUAUGAAAAGGAAUUCCCUGCUUUGGAUCCCGUAAAGAAGCCAGGCUGA